UUCUGGAACAAGAACAGAGUUCAAGGAAUCAAGGACUGAGACUCCUAUUAUUUCCCCUUUCUCUCCACACCAUGAGGAGAAAUCCACUGCCCAUCCCAGUCUUGAUUCUGUUUUUCCUGCUCCUUCCCAGAGAUGCUUCCACUACUUCAAAACCGCAGUACCUAGUGCUGGUCCCAUCACAGCUGUACGCUAAGGUUCCUGAGAAGGCCUGUGUUAUGCUUAAUGACCUGAAUGAGACGGUGACAGUAAACUUAAUUCUGGAGUAUGCAAUGCAAACCAGAACCCUCCUCUCAGACGUGGUGACAAAGAAUUCCUUCUACUGCAGGCCCUUCACGAUUCCAGAGUUGCCGUCGUCCCCAGGGCUCAUUACCGUGGAGGUGAAGGGGCCAACCCAACUGUUCAUAAAGAAGAAGAAAGUACGCAUCACAAAAGUAGACAGCCUGAUCUUUGUCCAAACAGACAAACCCAUCUACAAGCCAGGACAAACAGUGAGAUUCCGUGUUGUCUCUGUGGAUGUCAGUUUUCAUCCUUUGAAUGAAACCUUGCCGGUGGUUUAUAUUGAGAAUCCCAAAAGGAACCGAAUUUUCCAAUGGCAAAAUCUCAGAUUGCAAGGAGGACUCAGCCAGCUCUCCUUCCCACUCUCAGUGGAGCCCACCCUGGGUGCUUAUAAGGUCAAGCUGGAGAAGGAGUCAGGGGAAAAAAUAGAGCACCCCUUUGAAGUGAAGGAAUACGUUUUGCCCAAAUUUGAGGUCCAAGUGAAAAUGCCCAAGACGAUUAGUUUUCUGGAUGAAGAAUUUGUAGUAUCCGCCUGUGGCCUAUACACGUAUGGAAAGCCUGUCUCUGGUGUGGUGACAAUUAACAUAUGCAGAAAAUACUCACAAUAUCAUUUUGCCUGCCAUGGAAUGCAUUCGCAAGGUGUCUGUGAAGAAUUCAGUCAACAGGCAGAUGAUAAAGGCUGUUUCACACAACUCGUGAAGACCAAAGUAUUUCAGCUGAGACAAAGGGGGUAUGACAUGACAAUACAAGUGGAAGCCAAAAUCAAAGAGGAGGGAACAGAGGUGGAACUAACUGGGCAUGGAUCAUGUGAAAUCACAAAUAUCCUGAGCAAGCUGAAAUUUACGAAAGCGGAUACAUAUUAUAGACCUGGGCUUCCUUUUUAUGGGCAGGUUCUUCUAGUUGACGAGAAGGAUCAGCCAAUGGCCCAUAAAACUGUAGUCGUCAGUGUGGACGUAACCACAUACCAAUCCAGCCUUAUCACGAAUGAACAUGGUUUGGUGAACAUUUACAUUGAUACCACCAACUUCACAUCUUCUCUCUUUACAGUUAUGGUGACUUACAAACAGAAUGUCCACUGUUUUGAUAAUUGGUGGCUUGAAGAACUUCAUAACCAAGCACAGCACACUGUAAAGCAUAUUUUCUCCCCGAGCAAGAGUUAUGUUCACCUUGAACUUGUUGCUGGUACCAUAACCUGUGGACAAACCCAGGAGAUCCGGGCGCACUACAUCCUGAAUGGACAGAUUCUGAAGGAUGAAAAAGAAUUAACCUUCUAUUAUUUGAUCAAAGCAAGAGGAAUGAUCUCCCGAUCAGGAAUCCAUGUGCUGUCCAUUGAACAAGGAGACUUGAAAGGGGAAUUUUCCUUCUCCUUUCGAGUGGAAUCAGACAUUGCUCCUGCAGCCCAGCUGCUCAUUUAUGCUAUUUUGCCCAAUGGAGAAAUUGUUGCCGAUACUGAGAAACUCGAGAUUGAAAACUGUUUUGCCAAUAAGGUAAAUUUGAGCUUCUCCUCAAACCAGAGCCUGCCGGCCUCACACACCAACCUAGAGGUCAGGGCCUUUCCUAACUCCCUCUGUGCCCUCCGAGCAGUAGACCAGAGUGUUCUGCUGAUGAAGCCUGAAACUGAGCUCUCCCCUCAGUCGGUCUAUAAUUUGCUACCAGUAAAGGGUAUCUUUAGUGUUGGUUAUGGAGAUCUCAGAAGAGAAGAUAGUGAGCAAUGUAUCCACGCAGAAGACUUUAUUCACGAGGGGAUCAUUUACACGCCAAAGCAGAUCCUGGAUAAUGAUGACAUUUACAGUAUUUUUGAGUCCGCAGGAUUAUAUAUUUUUACCAACUCAAAAAUCCACAAGCCGAAUUUUUGUCAGCUGCCACAGCCAUAUCCGGGAGUGCCUAUGGCCCAUGCAGCAGUUAACGGUGAGAUUUAUUUGCCAGUCCUGCCUCUAGCACGUGGUAGUGCAGGAGCAGUUUAUCCAAUGGUCAUGAGACACAGUUCUCCAGCCGUGGAAGUGAAAGAGACAGUGCGGAAGUACUUCCCUGAGACCUGGAUCUGGGACUUGGUACCAGUCGAUUUAUCAGGUAGAAGUGAGCUGGCAGUGAAGGUCCCUGACACCAUCACAGAGUGGAAGGCCAGUGCCCUCUGCUUGUCAGAAAUGACAGGGCUAGGCCUCUCCCCCACCAUCUCUCUUCAAGUGUUCCAGCCUUUUUUCCUGGAACUCACUCUUCCCUACUCUGUGGUGCGAGGAGAAGCCUUCACACUCAAAGCAACCGUGUUCAACUAUUUGUCCCACUGCAUUCGGGUCAGUGUGCAGCUGGAAGCCUCUCCUGACAAGUCGGCUGACCUAGAGAGAAAGAACGAAGAAACUCCCUGUAUCUGUGGAAAUCACCAGAAAACUAUGUUCUGGGCUGUGACCCCAAAGUCACUGGGAAAGAUGAAUUUCACAGCUACUGUGGAAGCCUUGCAGUCUCAGGAAUUGUGUGGCAAUGAGGUGCCAAGAGUCCCAGAACUUGGACAGAAGGAUACUGUAGUCAAGCCCUUAUUAGUUGAGCCUGAAGGAAUAGAAAAGGAGGAAACUCUCAACACACUCCUCUGUGCAGCAGAAACUGAUGUACCUGAAAAGUUGUCACUAAAAGUUCCUUCAGAUGUGGUUGAAGGAUCUGCCAGGGCGACAUAUUCGGUUUUGGGUGACAUUCUAGGCUCUGCAAUGCAAAAUCUUCAGAAUCUUCUCCGGAUGCCAUAUGGUUGUGGAGAGCAAAAUAUGGUCCUAUUCGUCCCUAACAUCUAUGUUCUGAACUACCUGAAUGAGACACGACAACUGACAGAGACUAUCAAGUCCAAAGCCAUCAACUACCUCAUCAGUGGGUACCAAAGGCAGUUGAAUUAUAAGCACAGUGAUGGUUCAUACAGCACCUUUGGGGAUCAUGAUGGAAGAAGUCAGGGAAACACUUGGCUCACUGCAUUUGUGCUCAAGUCUUUUGCUCAAGCCCGGUCACACAUUUUUGUGGAGAUGUCACACAUCACGAGUUCCCUCACCUGGCUCUCACAAAGACAGAAGGAAAAUGGUUGUUUCCAACGCUCUGGAUCACUACUAAACAAUGCUAUUAAGGGUGGGGUAGAUGAUGAAUUGACGCUCUCUGCCUACAUCACCAUUGCUCUGCUGGAGAUGCCACUGCCUGUCACUCACCCUCUUGUCCGCAAUGCUCUAUUCUGCCUGGAAAGUGCCUGGGGAUCCAUCUCAGAGGCCCAAGGAAGUCUUGUCUAUACGAAGGCAUUAUUGGCUUAUGCCUUUGCCCUAGCAGGAAACCAGGUCAAGCGAAAUGAGCUUCUUAAAUCACUAGACAAAGAUGCUGUGAAAGAAGAGGACUCAAUCCACUGGCAGCGUCCUGGGAAAGUUGAAGAAGUUACGACAUUCUAUCAACCCCGGGCUCCUUCAGUUGAAGUGGAGAUGACCUCUUACCUGCUCCUUGCCUAUCUUACUGCUUCGCCUGCCCCAUCUUCAGAAGACCUGUCUGUGGCUUCACGUAUUGUGAAAUGGAUCACCAAGCAACAAAACGCCAAUGGGGGCUUCUCUUCCACUCAGGAUACAGUGGUAGCUCUCCAAGCCCUGUCCAAAUAUGGAGCAGCAACUUUCAGUAAAAGGGAGAAAACAACUGUAGUCACUGUCAAGUCUUCAGAGACAUUCUCCCAAAAAUUCGAAGUACACGAUGCCAAUCGCCUGUUGCUACAAGAAGUCAGGUUGCCAGAGAUUCCAGGGGAGUACAGCACAACAGUGUCAGGAUCAGGAUGUGUGUACCUCCAGACAUCCCUGAGAUACAACAUCCUGCCCAAGAAAGAAGGCAAGGUUCCCUUCAAUCUGAAGGUUGAUACUUUCCCCAAGAAUUGUGAUGGAGUAGACACUCACAGGAAAUUCCAGAUUCACAUCAACAUUAGUUAUACUGGGGAACGAUCAAGCUCCAACAUGGUCAUUGUUGACGUGAAGAUGGUAUCAGGCUUCAUACCUGUGAAAUCAUCAGUGAGAAAGCUCCAAGAAAAGCCUCAGAUUCAAAGGACUGAAGUGAGCACCAACCAUGUUCUGAUUUACUUUGAAGAGCUAACCAAUCAAACUCUGAGUUUCUCCUUCUCAGUGGAACAAGACAUCCAAGUUGACAAUUUAAAACCAGCUACUGUAAAAGCCUAUGACUAUUAUGAGACAGAGGAAUUUACUAUUGAAGAGUACAGGGAUCCCUGCAGUGCUGAAUCUGGACACAGAACUGUUUAAAAAUGGAAACUGUGGACCUUAUCAAAUGACCUUCUCCAGUUGCAAAGGACUCAUCAGGAGAGAAGAUAGUGAGAGAAACAAGGGACAGGAAUUGGAUAUAUAAAAAAUUUAUAUGUUGAAUAAAUUCAUGACAUAUACACUUCUACCUUUUCCUUUGUUUUUUUAAUCAAUGUGAUAUUUCCCUUCUGAAACAUGUAUCUAUUUCCCUCAGUAUUUUUAAAAACACUAUAAAAGCUAUAUGAAAAACUGGCUCAAAACACUACAGAUUAAUCAAAAUGGAAUUCCAAAAUGUGUUCAAGUAACCCACAGGAAGAUAGGCAAAAUAUAACAAUCUUUCCAAAUACUGGAAACAAUCAAAAUGUGCCCUAAUAUGUGAAUGGUGAUACUAGUGGUACAUUCAUGCCAUGGAAUAUGACUCAACAAUAAAAAGAAACAAGCUGUUGAUCUACAAAACUAUUUGAAUGGAUCUCAAAAAUAUUAUGCCUGGUGAAAAUAAAGCCAAUUUCCAAGAUCA